UCCACGACGUAGUUUUGAGUUCCUGCAAAACGCUUCAGGAUACGAAACUAAUUCAAACUAAAGGACUUCGAGGUGUGCUCAUUCUAGUAUCAAAAACAUACUGAGUGGAAAGACCGGAUUUUGAACGUUUGCCAAAUGGCUGCGGAAAUGUCAUCGUUUUUCAGUUGUUUUUCUUUUUUUUUUUUCACACGUUUUCUUUAGCUGAUUUUAUAACAUUAUUUUAUCAAAUCAUCUUCUUUAAUGGAAGAACUUUAGCUAAUCUUGAACAGUCCACUUACCUAUGACUGAGUGAAUAAAUAGGAGUGUAGAAAUUUUUAAUUGGAAGAUUAACACUAUUCAAACAAUUUCUCGAGCAAUUUGGAGGAAAUAAGCAUUGCUCAAAGUUGCACAAACCCCAUAGGGGCUUGUGCUCGUUUACCAGCUAACACCUCAAAUCAUUUGUUUACAUAUAAGCAACUCACAGAAACAGAAAGAGGUGAAGGGGAGACGGCCAAUGAUUUAAAAAAGGCAGUUGAAUUUUUUAGUGGAAACACGGAUGUUGUAAACAAUGAAGAACUGGCUAGAAUUUAUUCAUAAUUUGGAUAUAUCAACAAAGUUGAAAUGGUAAAUUGGCCACCGUAAUGAUUACACCGACGCAGCCCCAAACAGUUUCUUUCGAAACUAUCAGCCUUUAGAAUUUAUUCAGUUCUUAGUUUCGAAACAUUAAUUAGUUUCAGGCAAUUACGGUUGCUAUCCAAUGAACCAGUGAGCAUUGUAGGCUCGAGCCAUGACUUUUUUUCACCUGUGGAGGUAACUCGAAGACCAAUUCCUCUUUCAGGCAAGACUAUGAACAAAUCUUCGGCGAUCAAAGCUCAUUCAUCAAUCUUUAGCGGUGAAGACUGUUUCCUGCCCCUAUCCCAUGGCAUUGCUUUAAUGGUAGUUGACAUUCUGAUUGCCCUGUUUGGUACGUUUGGUAAUUUCCUUGUUUGCAUAGCAAUACUCACCAACCCUCGUCUUCGCCGUGGCUCGAAUAUACCAUUGCUUAGUUUGGCCAUUGCAGACUUGAUCGUGACAAUGACCUGUGAGCCUUUGGUCGUGGCAAUAGUCGGCAAAAGAACCCUUCAACACGAGUGUACGCCUGUUCUUGAACGCGCCUACUCGCUCACAGCGAACCUCUCCUGUUCGUCGUCGCUUAUGCAUCUUGUGGCAAUCAGUACAGACCGCGUCUUAGCUGUCAUCAUCCCCCUACGUCACCGUCGGAUCAUGAUGAACUACGGCUUAAAAAUCAUGUUGACGGUAGUUUGGAUCGUCGCUUUUGCAUACGCUGCCAUUCGACACCUCUUCCCGGACAAAACCCAUUAUUUAACUGUAGUGAUGUUUGCUUGUGGUUAUUCCAUCAAGUCUGUGUGUUACUCGUUUAUCUUGCUUACUUUGGUCAGGGUAAGGAAACGAAAUAGCCAUCUGAGAGCGCAAUCAUCCGUUGAUAUUAAUUUCAAAAUCGAACGGCGUAUUGCAGGAACACUGGCAAUUGUGAUCAUUAUGUUUUCCAUCACCUGGUUUCCGUUGAUUAUUGUUUUCUACACCACAGGAAAACCUCUGGUGAAAAUGUAUGGUCCGGCAUUCAUGUGGAUUAGAUCUUUGGCUCUCUCCAACUCUGCUAUGAACUUUGUUAUUUACAACGCAAGAACUCGUGAGUUCCGCGAUGCCUAUAUCGCGAUAUCCCGCAAAAUGUUCAGUUGCAGACUCAUAACAAGGUUUUCGUCAAUUUUCGUCUUUCGCUCCGACAGCGGGCCAACGCACGAAAGUCAGCUUUGAAACCGCUCUUAACGGUGGCCAAUUUACA